AUGCCUAAGCGCUACACUUGUCCUGCUGGCUGCGACCAAACUUUUACCAAGUUCGGCGACAUGAAGAACCAUGAGAUCACACAUACAAUGAAGGGAUACUUCUGCAUGUGGCCCGGGUGUGACUUUGUGACAAAGAAAAAAGACAGCUACAAAAUCCAUACUGCUAAGCAUGCGGGCGAGGAACGCUCCAUUUGUCCUCACGAUGAUUGUGACUACAAGACAAACGACCCUUCCUGCCUCACGAGGCACUGCAAGAAACAACAUGGGUAUGUUCCUGUGCCGCGCGGUCAUGGUGCCCCCUCCGCAACAGGGUUGCAGCCUCCGGCACAGCUCCCGCUCCCUGGUACAUCAUACCAAUACCAACCACAACCUACUCAAUACCAACCACAACCUACUCAAUACCAGCCUCCCCCACCUAUCCAUAACCAAUCGUUGGGAGUCUUAUAUGGCUCAGCAGAUACCGCAGACCAGUAUACCAUUUAUACCGGACCCGUGAGGGCCCAAAAUGGGUGGACUGAGGGUUCUAAAGGCUAA